AUGAUACAUACUUUCUUCAUUUUCUUCAUUGCUCUUCUUUUAUAUUUUCAUCCCGUUGUUUCUCUAUCCUCCGACGGCCUCGCUCUUCUAACGCUCAAAUCCGCAGUCAACGGCGACGGUGCAGCAGCAUUUUCUGACUGGAACGAAGACGACCUCACACCUUGUCAAUGGUCCGGCAUUAGCUGUGCAAACAUCUCCGGUGAGUCUGAAGCUCGCGUGGUCGGGGUCGGUCUCGCCGGGAAAGGCCUCCGUGGCUACCUCCCAUCGGAGCUUGGAAAUUUAAUCUAUCUCCGUCGUUUGAGUCUCCAUACUAACCUCUUCCAUGGCUCUAUUCCCGUUCAGCUUUUCAAUGCUAGUUCUCUUCACAGCAUCUUCCUCCACGGAAAUAACCUCUCCGGUAACCUCUCUCCUUCCAUCUGCAACCUUCCCCGUCUCCAAAACAUUGACCUCUCACAAAAUUCACUCGCUGGCUCAAUCCCGGGGUCUCUCGGAAACUGUGCACAACUCCAGCGGCUUAUUCUCGCGAGGAAUAAUUUCUCCGGCGACAUUCCGGUAACUCCGUGGAUGAAGCUUAAGAAUCUAGUUCAGCUGGACCUUUCUGCGAAUCUUCUGGAAGGUUCGAUUCCAGACGAAAUUGGCUACCUUAACUCCCUCACCGGAACCCUAAACCUCUCAUUCAACCAUUUAUCAGGUAAAGUUCCGAAGUCUUUAGGAAAAUUGCCGGUGACGGUUAGCUUCGACCUUCGUAGCAACGAUCUAAGUGGAGAAAUUCCUCAAACGGGGUCGUUUUCGAACCAGGGACCCACAGCGUUUCUCAAUAAUCCGAAACUAUGUGGGUUUCCUCUGCAAAAACAGUGCUCCAGUUCAGCUCCGAGUGAACCAGGGACUAGUCCUGGUUCAGCUCGACAACAUGUGAACCGGUCUAAGAAAGGGUUGAGUCCCGGUUUGAUUAUUAUUAUAACAGUAGCUGAUGCUGCUGCAGUAGCUUUGAUUGGGCUUCUUGUUGUGUAUGUGUAUUGGAAAAAGAAAGAUAACUCCAAUGGGUGUAGUUGUACUUUGAAGAGGAAAUUUGGUGGUAAUGGAAACAAUGAAAAAUCAAGUUUCUGUUGUUUUUGUUUGUCUUUAGGGUGUGUUAAGGGGUUUAAGAGUGAUGAUUCGGAUAUCGAAGAGAGUGAGAAAGGAGGAAGAGAAGGUGGUGGUAGAGGGGAAGGUGAAGGAGAAGGAGAAUUGGUGGCAAUUGAUAAAGGUUUUAGCUUUGAACUUGAUGAGUUAUUAAGAGCUUCUGCAUAUGUGUUGGGGAAAAGUGGGUUAGGGAUUGUGUAUAAGGUAGUGCUUGGGAAUGGUAUUCCUGUGGCUGUGAGGAGAUUAGGAGAAGGUGGUGAACAAAGGUAUAAGGAGUUUGCUGCUGAAGUUCAAGCCAUUGGGAAAGUGAAGCAUCCUAAUAUUGUGAAGUUGAGAGCUUAUUAUUGGGCUCAUGAUGAAAAGCUUUUGAUCAGUGAUUUCAUCUCCAAUGGCAAUUUGGCUAAUGCUCUUAGAGGGAGAAAUGGGCAACCAUCUCCAAAUCUUUCAUGGUCAAUCAGGCUGAGAAUAGUCAAAGGAACAGCCAGAGGUUUAGCUUAUCUCCAUGAAUGCAGUCCAAGAAAAUUUGUUCACGGUGACCUCAAACCCUCCAAUAUCCUCCUUGACGCAGACUUCCAACCCCUCAUUUCUGAUUUCGGUCUUAACCGGCUGAUCAGCAUCACCGGCAACAAUCCCUCCACCGGCGGUUUUAUGGGUGGAGCUCUUCCUUACUUGAAGUCAUCACAAACAGAAAGAAUCAACAACUAUAAAGCCCCCGAAGCUAGAGUACCAGGCUGCAGACCCACCCAAAAAUGGGAUGUGUAUUCAUUUGGUGUUGUAUUACUUGAAUUGCUCACUGGCAAAUCCCCAGAUUCUUCUCCAGGAGCAUCAACUUCUGUGGAAGUGCCUGACUUAGUAAGGUGGGUUAAGAAAGGGUUUGAACAAGAAAGCCCUUUAUCCGAAAUGGUUGAUCCAUCACUUCUUCAAGAAAUUCACGCCAAGAAAGAAGUACUUGCUGUAUUCCAUGUAGCACUAUCAUGCACCGAGGGAGACCCUGAGGUCAGGCCUAGAAUGAAAACUGUUUCCGACAAUCUUGAAAGAAUUUGA